UUCCGGUUCACUCGGCGCUCAAUUGCUCGACACUAAGGCGCGCCGCCAGCCAGGGCCCGCAAUCGAGAGACGAAAACAUCGACCGCAGCGCUCCUUCUCUGCUGCAAGGAGGAAGCAAAAUGGCGUCCGCGUCGUCCGCCUCCAUGGGUCUGGCCGGGGGCCGAGCGCCGCGGCGCACGGCUGGGAACCGGCUCUCGGGGCUACUGGAAGCCGAGGAGGAUGAAUUUUAUCAGACCACCUACGGGGGCUUCACCGAGGAGUCGGGUGACGACGAGUACAAAGGCGACCAGUCGGACAGCGACGAUGAAGUCGAUUCGGACUUUGAUAUUGAUGAAGGAGACGAGCCUGGCAGCGAUCAGGAUGACGACGAACCCAAAAGGAAGCGCAGAGUCGUCACUAAGGCCUACAAGGAACCCAUCAAAAGCUUGAGACCCAAGAAACCGGAUGUUCCUGCCAGCAGCACCCAGAAAGUGAGAGAGGAACGGUCAGCCCCGGUCGAGCUCCAGGAUGACAUAGGCGACAGCCGCAAGCACAUGCGCCAGUCAACCACCGAGCAUACCCGCCAGACCUUCCUGCGCCUCCAGGAGCGCCAGGUGCAAUCCAAGCGCAAGAAGGGGGCCGGCCCCAGCUACAACAGGCCGCUGACCCAAGAGGAGCUGCUGGAAGAGGCCAAGAUCACGGAGGAGCUCAACUUACGGUCUCUGGAGACGUACGAGCGCCUCGAAGCGGACAAGAAGAGGCAAGUGCAAAAGAAGCGGAAGUGCCUAGGACCAACCAUCCGUUACCACUCGGCAACCAUGCCCCUGAUCUCCGACCUCGGCUUCAAGGAAGAGAAUGUGGACGUUGAGGGCUUGGACCAGGACAUGCAGCCACCUUUGGAAGCCCCACUGGCAGCUUCCGCCCCGGCUGCCAAAUGCUCACGCACCUUCCUCACCUUCAGUGACGAUGAGACCUUUGAGCAGUUCUUCCCGAAAUCGCGGACCCCCAAGCUGCCCGUGAAGGAGAUCUGCCCCGUCACCCACAAGGCCGCUAUCUACCGCGACCCCAUCACCGACAUCCCCUACUCCAACAUCCGGGCCUUCAAGAUCAUCCGGGAGGCCUACAAGAAGUACAUCACGGCCCACGGGCUGCCCAACGCCGCUGCCACGGCUGCCCUUGGGGCUGGGCCUCCCAUCACGGACCCCAGCGUCCGAGCCACCAGACAGAAGAUCAUCAUCAAACAAAGUGUCCCGGCCACGUAAACCACGACAGAACCGCCACCUCGUCAUUGCGUACAUCCUUCCCCCUAAAUACUUCUUCAAGGAAUUGUACACAGGUGACGGAGAGACUAUAAAUCUGAGCAUCUUUGUUUUGUAUUGUGUCGUAAAACUUUGUAGAUUUGUUGGGUUUUCCCUUUACAAACCUUUAGGGGAAGCUAAGCUAACUCCUCCUAACUCUGUCCUCUUGUUAGGCCGUGAUCUUGGUGGGUCACAUUUUGACUUGGCUCCCCAAACAGGUUCUUAAAAGGAGCAGUGAAUUACAAAAAUUGGUUCUAGGGAAAAGCUCCCAAUUUGGCUUCCAAAAUGGGGGUGGACCAUGUUGGGGGAAUGGCUGUUCUGAAGUGGUCAGAUCUCUCAUUGGAUUGUCCUGUAAGGAAGCUCCUGCAGAAAUGGACAGGAGUGAGAAAGUUGGGGUCUGGAGGUGAAGGCCUAAGAGGUCGCGGGAGUGGAGUCAUUUAAGAGGUAAGAGAUCUCUGGGGGUCUGGAGGGAGGUCCAGGCAUUCCAAGGGAAAUGGCAAAGGGGCCUUUUUCUCGUGUAUGCCCCAGUCCAAAAUGCAUAUCCUCGAGAGUUGUCCUCUUGGAGUGGGAGCUGUUUUUUGUGAAUUAAAAGGACUUGGGUUUGGGGGAGUGGUACAGAAGAUAAUGGUAUCAUUAUGGUUGUUGUGGCUUGACCAACUUACCCCGCUUGUCUUGGAAGCCAUCAGCCAGCAUGACCAACAAGCUGUUUUGAGGUGAGGUUGGACAAAUGUGGGCAAGGUGGUCAAGAAUCGAGGGGCGUCCAUCAGAUUCGGUUUUAUUCUGUUGAUGUGCAGACUCUGCUAAGUCUCUCUCCUCUCUCUCUCUCUCAACAAUAAAGGCAAUAAAUGCAA